ACUAACUGCUGCUGCUGAAGAAAUAUUCACAGAGUUUGAAAAAACCAUCGUCCAGUACGAAGAAGAGAUCGAUCGUCAGCGCAGCUGCUGGAUGUCACCUGGAAACCUCACACACACCUGAAAGCCUGCAGACCUGCCAAAGGAACAUGACUUUAAGGAGGAGGAGGUUCUUGCUGACCCGGACAGGAGCUCCAGUCUGGACCAGGAGAAACCAGGACCAGCACAGAUUAAAGAGGAACCAGAAGAACCCUGCGGCAGUCAGGAGGAGGAUCUCGUAGUCAAACAGGAGUCCGACGCCUUCAAGGUGACUGUUACCUUUGAUGAAAGUGACCCCAGUGAAGGAGAGCCAAGCAGAGACCAGCUCCUCUUCCAGAACUCUCCGGAAGACGAGAUCCAGGAUAACAAUGAAGAUGCUUCAUCCAACGGAAACGAGCUGCCACAGGAAGCUGACACCCAGGGCGACGGCGUAGACACCUGUCCCAUGUCACAGGGUCCCUGUGGUCCUGACUCCAGUAGAAAGUCUGCAAAAUGCCACAUCUGUAGUAAAGUUAUUAGUUUUAAAUCUGGACUGAAGAAGCAUCACAGAAUCCACACAGGUGAGAAACCGUACUCGUGCAAAACAUGCGGUAAAAGUUUCAACCAGACCAAUCAUCUAACCGCCCACAUGAGGAGUCACACGGACGAGAAGCCGUAUCCCUGCCAGAUGUGCCACAAGCGUUUCAGGCGAAGCGAAACCUUGUUGGUCCACAUGAGAACUCACACAGGUGAGAAGCUGUACUCCUGCCAGGUCUGUGGGAAGAGCUUCACCCAGAACGGCACUUUGACCAUCCACAUGAGAAGCCACACCGGAGAGAAGCCGUAUCCCUGCCAAGCGUGUGGCAAACGCUUCAAGAGAAGCUACAGCUUGUUGAUUCACACCAGAACUCACACGGGCGAGAAGCUGUACUCCUGCCAGGUCUGCGGGAAGAAGUUUUCUGUAAGUCAUCACUUGACUGGACACAUGCGAAGCCACACGGGCGAGAAGCCGUACUGCUGUCGGCUGUGUGGUAAGAGAUACAAAAGAGGUGAAAGCCUGGUCGCUCACAUGAGAACCCACACGGACGAGCGGCUGCGAUUCAGUCCAACGUGAGGAGAAAGUUUUCAUCUACGACAGAAUAGAAACACUCGUGUUGGAAGAGAUGGAGGGAAACGCCGAGCUCAAAAUCUGAAGGCUGGAAGUAGAUUUCCCUCCAUGUGAUUAAGACUUUUAAUCACGUGACUCUGGAAUUAAUAUGAUAAAUUUAUUGAAUUUUGUCAUGUUUUAAUCUUAAAUGAAAGAUUUGUAAUGUUGCACCACCAGCCGAACCUUCCACACUAGAACUGCACAAUAUAAUAGAAAAUGAACCUUCAAUCGCGGUAUCAGCGUGUGUGAGCUACGUGUUACAGCAGCAAAAGUGCUAAACUGUCGUUGCUGUUUGCAUAUUUUAAGGAAGUGAUGUUCCAAACGCUGCUGUAUUUUCAUGUUCUGCGUCCAUGGCAGAUCAAAUACACUCUUCCUGGAAGCUCCAUGCAGAUGCUAACUGCUACAUGUUUAUGCUACCGGCUCCAUGCAGAUGCUAACUGCUACAUGUUUAUUGCUACCGGCUCCAUGCAGAUGCUAACUGCUACAUGUUUAUGCUACCGGCUCCAUGCAGAUGCUAACUGCUACAUGUUUAUGCUACCGGCUCCAUGUAAGAUGCUAACUGCUA